AUGACUGCGUCCUGGAUUUUUUUUGUCGUCAUAACGACUGCAAAUUCAUCCUUCUGUGGAAAAAGUGGAGUGCCGUUCAGCGUGGAAGUUUUGCCUUCAGGAGCACCCGUUCUGGGGUGUGCCCAGCCAUCGUGCGUCGCUCAACCAGCUGAUGAUACUGACGAUAGCAUAUUCAACGCUGAUUCGUCCGGGCAAAUUGAUGGUUUUUUUCGUGAAGGUGAUAGCUCUCACCAAGGUUAUCUCCAAACAAAUAAACUCCGAGCGAACUGUUCUGAGGAAUUCGACCAGCUAGCGUGUUCUCGAAAAAAUCAGUGGGUUGGUGGAAUUGAAUAUAUUGAUCACCCACGCCAACCGCUGCUUCUCCAAUGUUGUACAUUCGAAGGUUUACGAUUUUCUCAAGUUGUUGGAGUUACGCCAAUUGGACCCGGCGAAGCAGUUACAGGAGGAGAAGUGGUGCGCGAUGGACGCCAAAUUUCAUUCGAUGUUAUUGCUAACAUAAGGAAAGUAGUGAGUAGUGAGGAGCCAAAAAUCAUAUCAUACGAAGUGGCGGUGAGAAGAAUGAACUGUUUACCAGAUCCACCGGAAAUCGAAAUUGCAGUAGACAAUGGAGCCGAAAUGGAGUUGCUGCAAAUUCUGGAGAAUGCCAACAAUGGAUCUGUAGUUCUGGGCCAUAUGGGACACGCCCACAUGGACAAGGAGAAAAUAACGCAACUCGAGGUAAACGACAAAGGAAAAACUCGGAAAUACGAAAGGACAACAAGACAAGAUCUAAGAAAAAAUGGAAAAAUCCAACAACUUUCUGAUCCCCCAGGAAGCUUCGGAGCGCCAAUCUUCUACCCAACGAUGGUAAAUAAUCGACGGCAACGCUAUCCAAAAAGAAUCAUUGCAAAUGGAAAAUCAAAAUCAGCUGUGAUUCAGAAAGAAGCAACCACUACCCCAAAAACGACUGUUUCAUUUUUUACUAUUCCAGCCAGUCUAACAUACACUUUUCCCACAAUUCCACCUCCCCCACAACUGUUCUUGUUCGAAGACUUGAAUUCUGUCCCAUAUUCGAAAAUGGCUGAAUCGAUGUCACAUCAAUCUAAUCCCACCCCUGUUGGGCCUGCGUCAUAUUAUCAACAGCUACAAAGGUUCCGAGGACCACAGUUCUCACCCGUGCAAGCACUACAGUCACCAAAACCUCACUCUCAAUCACCACUUGAAAGUCUGCAUGACAUCAGUAGUAAUGGCGCUGAAGGAUCUGACAAGACAACACGAAGGAUUCCUCACUUGUUCAGCUCCCUUCGAUCACCUUUCGCAACGGACACACGGGAAAAAACUCGUCAACCAACGUUUUUGCCACUUUAUUAUCCAUUCGGAUUGGUGCAGCAACGAGAGAAGCAAACCGGUCCCACAUCGCUUCUGGGGCGGCAAUUUUUCGGUCCCAUCGCAAACACUUUUGGCGUACAGGUUGAGGAAAAAGUCCUGAGUAUUUCCUUCAAAGUGAAAUAUGCACAGAGGAACAAAAACAUGUUAGAAAUGUUAUUUAUCAUUCGACAAAUGAUUUCUCAUUCUACGAGAUGCAGUGUUCAAAUUGAAUUGGAGUUGAAUGUUGUUGAAAUUUAG